CAAGGAGCAAUGUUGUGUUGUGCAUUCUUAAGCUUAAAUUUAGCUUUUCACUUAUUCAACAAACAUGCCUGUGAGGCAACUGAGUUUAAUUUACCAGGGGACUAUAAGAUUGGGGGAAUUUUUCCUGUGCAUACAGCCAGUGAGACAGUAAUUCCAAAUUCUCCUAUGGCACUACAAUGCUUCAAGCAGCCAUUUACAAUGUCAGGUUAUCAGAUGCUCGAGGUGAUGCGGUUUGCUGUUGAGCAGAUCAAUAACUCCACCACCAUCCUGCCUAACAUCUCUCUUGGAUAUGAGAUCUUUGACUUUUGCUUGUACAAUCAGAAUUUUCCUUCAAUCCUCAAUUUUAUCUCAGACAAUGGUCGAAUAAAUGUAUCAGCCAAAGAGAACAAACAUAACGUUAUUGGCCUUAUUGGUCCUUAUGGCAGCACGGAAGCUUUGGGCAUCGCCCCCUUGUUUAUGACAGACCUCAUUCCAAUGAUUAGCUAUGCAGCCUCGAGCUCUGAUCUAAGCAAUAAGUGGGUCUAUCCAAGUUUUUUGAGGACUGUACCAACCAACCAGGAUAUAAUUAUGGUCAUAAUUAAGCUCAUUCAGCAAUUUGGAUGGAAUUGGGUUGCUUUCAUUAGCAGUGACGACUCGUACAGUCAAAAUGGACUCGAAUUAUUUCGCAGUAACAUCAAAGACACCAGCAUCUGCUUGGCCUUUUUCUACGAAAUUACACUGAAUUCCAAUUCAACAGAAAUACUAAAUAGGAUAGAGUCACUCAGUAUCAAUGUGAUCAUAGUCUUCACACUAGAAGACACUGCCCGGGAAUUUGUCAAAACAGCUGGCAGAAUCAACAUGAGAGACAAAGUUUGGAUAGCAGGCGAUGCGUGGUCUAUGGAUGAAGAGCUUUCUACUUGGCCUGGCAUUGGGCAGAUUGGGACUAUUUUCGGUGUUACAGCAACAACUGUAAAUUUGCCUGGAUUUUAUGAAUAUAUUUACCAAACACGACUCAGUGGUGAAAAUGAUGACUGUGUGAAUUGUGAGGAUGGACAGAAUUGCAAUCAAGUUUGUGAUAACUGCAUGAGUGAGAACCCAGCUGACAUUAUAAACGAAAGCCCCACAUACUCAUUCUCCAUCCAGGCAGCUGUGUACACCUUUGCCUAUGCACUCCAUCGUUUGCUGAACUGUAGCAUUACAGGAUGCGACCCAGCUCGAGACAUACCACCUUAUGUGGUUCUGGAAAAUUUGAGACAGACAAGUUUCAUUUUACAAGACCAGUAUAUUGGGUAUGACCAAGAUGGGGAUCCUCCAGCCAGUCUUGCAGUAGUACUCUGGAGGCCAAACGAAAACCCAUUAUUUGUGGUGGUGGCUACAUAUAUUAGCCGACCAACUGUUAAUUUCACCUUGAACAACAAUCUAGUUCCCUGGUCUGAAAAUGGCACAGUGCCUUAUUCUAAUUGUUCUACUGAAUGUGAAACUGGUUAUAAAAGAGUACAAACUUCUAUACAUAAAUGCUGUUUUCAGUGUGAGAAAUGCAAUGCCCAGACAUACAUCAACACCACAGGUAAGCCUGCCAACUCACCUGACCUGAACCCCAUAGAGAAUCUGUGGGGUAUUGUCAAGAGAAAAAUGAGAGACACUAUCAAAGCAUCCUGGGCUUCCAUAACACCUCAGAAGUACCGCAGGCUGACUGCCUCCAUGCCUCGCCACAUUGAUGCAUUUGAGAUGUCAGACAGGCAAGAAAAGAUUCGUGUAGAGACAGGCUGGAAGGACAAAUAG